AUGCUGCAGAUUCAUGACGUCAUGUCCUGUGAUCCGCCGCGACAUCUCAUCCAGGCGAAGGUAGACAGUGCUGCUGCAGAUGCAGAAUUUCUGGCGCAGCGCACGCGGUACACACGUGACCUGCGCCUUGACGACAAGGAUGCAGAAUCGCUACGGAAGCUGACGCGGGAGGCCGCGGAGCUUCUGAUGACCGAGCUGCCACCUCUCGGGCCGCCGGAGGAGAUGCGGCGCCGCGUCUCCGAAUGCCUCAGUGACCCAUUCCUUCUUGAUUUUCUCAAGGGCCUCAAGGAGCUGAUAGCGAGUUGCCACCUCGAGCCGAACUUGGUGUCAAUGAUCCGCAUGCUGCCCCACCAUGCCGUGCAGGAGAUCCUGUCGCAGCAUCAGCAAGCUGCGAGAAGUUUUCCUUACGACGCUUCCAAGUUCGCCAUGCGCGUUCGAAGUCUCGUGGAGAGCUGGCACACUUCUCUGAAGGAGGAGGCUGUGGCGGGAGGCGCAGCCGCAAAGCAGGAGGAGAAGGAAAAGCCGGCCAAGCCGGCAGAACCCAGCGAGACCCCCGCCCGGGAGGCGGAGGUCGUGGAACCGCCGGCCUUCGCCAAGAAGGUCGUGCUGCCGCGAGCCGUGUCGACUGCGCCGGCAACCGCCUGGGGAAUGACCCCAGGGUGGCCGCCGUCCUAUCCGCAGUGGCCCUACGGAGGUGCUGCCAAUUACAACUACUGGGCUGCCUGGGCAGCGUCGGCGGCACAGCGGCAGGCGAAGAAGUCCAAAAGGCGAAGGUCCAAGAAGGACAAGAAAGACAAGGACGACAACGUCAAAAGCAAGAAAAGGAGAAGAAAGGUGCAAAAGAAAAAGUCCACGUCCAGCAGCUCCUCUUCAAGUUCGGAAGAUGGAGACGAGGGGAGUGGCGCCGCCGCCGCAGUGCCUGCAGUACCGCGGGUGUCUGCAGCGCAAGCGAAGCAGCGCGCCUCUGCGCCCGGGGUCAGCGAGCGCUUUAGCGACCUGAUGCUGGGAAUCGAGGAGGAGGACAGCGAGGGUGAGCCGAAAAGCGGCAGCCCAGGCUGCAGGACAACCACACUGGACGUGUCGACACUCGUAGACGUGUGUUGGAUGGAUCAGGGAGCUGAGAAAGCCGAGCCUUUCGAUCCAGAAGCACCUCCGAAGAGGUUGGCAAACAGCGAAAAGUCACGGCAGGAGGAGCCGCCGAAAGCCCAGGCAGGUCGCGGGGAGCCUCUGAAGCCUCCGGCGCCUUCGCAGACGCCCCAGCCAGGAGCCGCAGUGGAUCCUGGUGAUGCGGAGAAGGUUGCAAAGCGGAUCCUUCAUCAAGGGCACCUGAAAACAUCGCAGCAUCAACGGCAAAUCAGCCAUCAAACCCCGGAGGACAACAUGGAGCAAAGUGCCCUUGUGCAGCCUCUCAGUUGCACUAGAUAUGCCUGGGCGUUGGCAUUCGGAGUGGGUCGGCAGAGUGGAGGGUAUUUCUCCAAGCUGAAGGAAGAGCUUCCUGGCAACAUUUGUAUUGAAUUGUGUCGAGUUUGGGAUAUCGGUGUAGGCUUGCUUCUGCGUCUCGGGGUGGCGCUGUUUUGGUCUGACGGUGUGGGGCAGAUGGCCUUUACCACCGAACGCAAUCUCCCGUUUGACUUAGACUUCGAGCAGCUGGUCUCGGUCCGGCUGAAAGAUCAGGCACCGGCACAGGGCGUGCUGGGCACCAUCGAUCCUCUCUUCUGGGAGGUUUGUGGUGUGAAGCAGCUUGGGCACCGGCUGCUGUUCGCCAAAGGGCUGCGGGCCCUGCCGCCCGGGCCCCAGCGGGCCUUCUCUUUCAAACCGGUGAACAGCCAUGUCGCUUUGCAGGCGCCAGACGAAAAGAAAGGGCAGAAUUCCAAGCUGGCAUUGCUCACGGGUGGGGGCGCCGAGAAUUGGAGCCUUGACGGUGGCUGGAAGCCCGUGCGCAAGAGCUGGGCUGAGCAGACGGAGCUUUCGGAUGACGGAGCCCCUGCGCCGGCACCUGCCAGUGAGGAGAAGGAGGGCUUCGACCCGCAGUAUUUCCUUGGAGAAUGGCUGGACAACCUUGGCCACCGGAUAGUUGUGACUCCUGCAUCGCAGAAGUUUGUUGGUCGCCGUGGCCGGCGGCAAAAUGGCCGGCAGCCUCAAAUGGCUUUCACGGCGAGCCUGCAGAAGAUGGGGUUGCCAGACAAGCGAUUUACGAUCUCCCUGGAUCGGUGGCAGCAGUGGAGAUGUGGAAAUGGCUCUCUAGUAGAGGAGGACAGCAACAUGGAGUCGCUCACUUGGGCUGCAGAAGAUGGUAGGGUCAGCAACUGGGAGCGCCCCGUGCCGGAUGGUCCGGUGUACUUCGAUGCACCGCCAGCUUGGAACGACUGGGGCAUGCAAGGCGGCGAAGACUAUGACUAUGAAUACGGACAGUGGGUCGCCGUGGAAGUGAACGAGAUGGGUGGCAUGGAAGGAAACAGCUCGGCGCCCUGGAAUUUCAAUCCCCAGGCCGCAGAGUUCAAUCCACAGGCGAAGGAGCUGCUGGGCAUUGCAUGA